AUGUCCCUGGAAAAGGCGUAUCAGACUGGGGCUCAAACGCUCGAGACUAUACUCGAGUUCUGCUUCGCAACCGGAAUCCAGGCCGUGACAGUCUACGCGUUCAGUCUUGCGAACUUGCAGCGCUCUGCCGAAGAGGUCAAGGCAGUCAUGGCUCAUCUGAAAGUCUGUCUCGCGCGGUUUCUGCAAGAUGGGGGUGUAGCGGAGCGGUUUGGAGUCAGACUUCGAUUAUGCGGCGAUAGGUCAUUGUUGCCAACAGAAACCCUCGAGGGCCUCGAACAUGCAGAACGGAUCCUUGGUAAGAAUACCAAACAUGUUCUGAAUCUCUGUCUGGCGUACGGAUCACGACAUGAGAUUACCUCUUCUGUGAAAGCAGCGGUUGUGAAGCACUCCCGCCGACUAUGCAUAGCCGGUCAACUUGAUAGCCCAUCCCAACCCGGGAUGACUGGCCACGGUUUGCCAUUGCCCCGGCACGACAUCAUCGAGACUCUUGAAGACACAAUGUCCACUGCAGGAUGCCCGCCGUUGGAUUUUCUGAUACGCACUUCUGGCACGAGACGCCUGAGCGACUUCAUGCUUUGGCAAUGCCACGAAACCACUGAUAUUGUGAUCCUGAAGAAAAACUGGCCUGAACUAUUGUACUGGGACUUUAUGCAGGUGUUUGCAAAGGGCUAG